UGUGCAUUGGUCAACACCAGUGGUGUUCGACAACAGUGGCAAGGAGCCUGUACUAACUGUUGAACCAGCCGGUUUAAAAUCGCCUCACAGAUUCACUAUUGGAUCCACGAUAAUAACUACACAGCAACCGAUGCAGAGGGCCGACACAAAUCAUGCAGAUUCAAGGUUAUUGUACAAGAUAACGAACCACCGAGAUUGAUCACGUGUCCAGACAGCAUUAAACUUCAAAAUAUAGUCGAAUCUGAAUCACCAGUUCAGUGGGAAGAACCGGUUUUUCGAGACAAUUCUGAGGAAGAUAUGAAAAUUACACAGAGUCAUGUAUCCGGUGCUGUCUUUGUUUGGGGCCAACACACGGUACGAUACUCUGCCGAGGAUAUGACUGGCAAUGUAGCAGUGUGCGAAUUUCAAGUACAUCUUAGUCCUUCUUCGUGUCCCUCGUAUCCUGCGCCUAUCAAUGGUGCCACAGCUUGUGAUGACUGGUUGUUCGGUCAGUUCUGUAGUGUCAGCUGCAACAUAGAAUAUGAGUUUGCGAGUAAACCAGCGGAAUGGUAUAUAUGCGAUGCUACUGGAAAUUGGAGGACUUCUCCCCCGGCUCUCACAUUACCCUGGCCUGACUGUUCAAAGCGAUAUGUUGCUAAGGCGGCUCACAAAGGAAUGAAACACCAAUAUUAUACUGGUAACUGUAACAAUCCAAAGACACAACAAAUGAUAAAAGAGCAAUUCGUCAAUGCUUUCAAGUUAUCAGUUUUUGGAAAAAGUGGCGGUUGCAAAACCGUCGAGAACGCAUGUGAAAUUUCGGCUGUGAUUGUCUAUUGUGGUGCCAUUGACAACACCUUACGACGACGACGACGACGUGAUGUCAGUGACCUGGACAAUGUUGUUACGAUUGAGUUUUCCGUCUUGGUUAAAAUAUUAGAACCGACGGAUGAUGAAGAAGUCGCUGAGGAGAAACUAAAUAUAGUGUUUGACACUAUACAAGACAUAACGGUGGAAUUCCGGAACCAAACUCUACAAGGACAACUAAGUCUAGAUGUAGAAAAUGAAACCCUGGUGGCGAAUGAUGAUUAUUUCGAAACCGAACCAACUGUACCAAUGUGCGAAGAUGGAACUAUUCUAAGUGGGAAACGAUGUGUGAAUUGUCCGGUUGGUACGUACUAUGAUGUCAUCAGUGGUAUGUGUAGUCUAUGUUUCCCUGGUUAUUAUCAAGACGAAGAAGCGCAAUUAGAAUGCAAAGCCUGUGACAACGGUACCUGGACUGAUGGAGCGCAUGCUAAAAACUAUACGUCUUGCAUAGACGUUUGUAAUCCCGGUACGUAUUCCGUAAAUGGAUUGAUGACGUGCAAGUCGUGUCCGAUUGGUACAUAUCAACCAAUAAGUCGACAGACCGAGUGUAUGCCGUGUCCAGAAGGCACAACUACAUGGGUAGAGGGCGCCAAUGCUCUGGAGGAUUGCCAAGCAACCUGCUCCCCUGGGACGUAUUCUGUGAAAGGUCUCGAACCAUGCGCCCCUUGUCCUAUCGGAUUUUAUCAGACAUUUCGUGGACAGAAAUAUUGUCUUCCAUGCGAUGAUCAUCUAACUACGUACGGCAUGGGAACAGUAUCUGCGGAAUAUUGUCAAGUUGUCGACUCCUGUUCUUCCAGUCCAUGUCACAACAAUGGUGUGUGUGAGAACCACGACGUGUCAUAUACAUGUGACUGUGCCGUGGGUUACACCGGAAGUAACUGUGAAAUUGACGUAGAUGAGUGUCAGUCAAGUCCAUGUGCGUUCAAUUCUACUUGCCUUGAUAGAGUGAAUGGUUUUCAGUGUGUUUGUACACCUGGCUACAAGGGACAACAUUGUGAAGUGGAAAUAAACGAGUGUUUAAUGGCUUCGUGUUUGAACAAUGGACAAUGCCAAGACGAGAUUGAUGGGUACCACUGCAUCUGUGUCGAAGGUUUCACUGGUGAGUUUUGCGAGAUACAACCAGACAACUGCGCCAGCGAUCCAUGCCAGAACCAAGGAUUGUGUAUAGAUCACGCUGAUGGAUUCGUCUGUGUAUGUCGAGAUGGUUUCGAUGGUUUGCAUUGUGGGCUCAACGUGGACGAGUGUCAGUCAAUGCCUUGCCUAAAUGGAGCACGCUGUAUCGAUCUCGAAUUCGACUAUGAAUGUGAGUGUACACUCGGCUAUACAGGGCAGAACUGUGAAGUAAACAUAGAUGACUGUAUUCAACAUCAAUGUGAAAAUGGCGCGACGUGUCAAGAUGGCGUUAACACCUAUACCUGUCGGUGUUCACCAACAUUUUCCGGCCGAUACUGUGAAAAUAAAAUGUCCGAUGACUUUGAUCUGUUGUUCACCAGACCGGUUACUGCUGAUGUUGCAAUUCUGCGUGACAGAGUGCCAUUGCUAGAAGCAUUCACAGUAAUGUUCUGGAUGAAAACCAACGAUACCAGUAACUCCGGGACGCCUAUGUCAUACGCUACAAUGGAUGGUAAUGACACUGAGUCUGACGCCAUUGUGUUAACUAAUUAUGCAGGAUUCAAUCUGAUGGUCAACGGGGAGACGGCGUACACUGAUGUAGCUCUCAAUGAUGGGACGUGGCAUCACGUGGUAGUCACGUGGACAAACAGAGGUGGUGCUUGGCGAUUCUACGUUGAUGGUGUUUUGGCAUCUACAGGAGAGCAUCUACGCGACUCCGAUGUCAUAUUUGGAGGAGGUGUCUUGGUUGUUGGACAGGAGCAAGAUGAGCCAUCUGGAGGGUUCAGCCCAGUCGAAGCAUACAUAGGCCACAUUAGCAAAUUAAAUAUUUGGGACUAUGUCAUGUCUGCUGAAAGCAUUGUAAUCAUAUCCGGUUGUUGCUAUGGUACACCUGGUAACGUUGUCGCGUGGUCUGACUUUAAAAAUAAUAUUUAUGGUAACGUCGAAAUAACAAGUCCAUCAAAAGUUUGUACAGGGGACAGUUGUGGUUUCGAAAAUGAUAAAUGUCAUUCGCAACUAUGCCACCAUGGUGGGACAUGCUUGGAUGAAGCUGGCUAUAUCGUAUGUGUGUGCCCAACAGGAUAUAGUGGACUACUCUGCGAACUCGAGACAAGGUGUGGUUCACCACCUGAGAUAGAACAUGGCAAUGUGAUCACAGAUAACGAAGACCUACUGGUUGGAACAAUUGCUGACUAUACAUGUGACAAUGGAUAUGAUCAUUCUGGUGUUAGCUCUUUAUCGUGCAUGAAUGAUGGACACUGGGAAAAUAAUAAAGUCGGAUGUUCAGAUUACAAUGAAUGUCUAUCGGAUGACUCAAUGUGUCAGCAUCUAUGUAUCAAUUCUAAUGGGACGUAUGUGUGUGACUGUAACCAGGGAUACCAAUUACAUUCCGAUGGCCAUACCUGCAUAGAUAUCAAUGAAUGUUUGACUGAUAUGUAUGGUUUACAAAAUGGAGGUUGUGAAGACACAUGUACAAAUACACGAGGGAGUUAUUUCUGUACUUGUCCGAUUGGAUAUGAACUUACACCUAACGGAAUUCACUGCAGAGAUAUUGAUGAGUGUUCAACUGGGAUGAAUGACUGCCAACAAAAGUGUAGAAAUACUCUAGGCAGUUAUACGUGUGAAUGUCAUCCGGGAUAUUAUCUUCAUUCUAACGGGAGACAUUGUCAAGCCAUGUCGUGUCCACAACCUCUCAAACCAAACCAUGGUACACUCGUAUAUCCGGAAUUUGAUGAAAUUCAAUAUGGAACUAUAAUGACGGUUAACUGUUUUCCGGGCUAUCAUCUGAUUGGCGAAAGGUUUCGAACAUGUGACAUGACAGGAAAAUGGACUGGCUCUGAUAGUCAGUGUAUAGAGGUCAACUGUGGAACGAUUGGAUCUAUGAUGGAAAAUGGAAAUGUGGUUAUUUCCGGAACUGGCUUACAUGACACCGCCUCUUUCACAUGUAACGACGGGUUUUAUUUGAUUGGCUCCCAGGCUAUGCAAUGUCAAGAAGACGGUAUUUGGUCUGGGUCCCGGCCAUAUUGCGGUUUAAAACUCACCUAAACACGUGUAACCUCGAAAAGCUUGUCCAUAAUCAUUUACCGUUGUAAUCAGCUAUAUUGUGAAUGACUUCAGUGGGAAUGUUGAAUUGUCAUUGAUGCAAGUAUUUACAUUAGCGUUCAUAUCUCAACGUAGUUUAUGCUUCUCAUUAUAAUCGGAAUUAAAUUUAAAUUA